AUGCAGUGUAAACAUCGAAAGCAACCUCCACAAGUGGCCAAUGGCAGAGGCAAAUGUACCUCAGAAGCUACACUUUCACUAGAAAAGAAAAUGAAGACGAAGGUGGUCGAGGUGGCGGUAACACCGGUGACCAGUCGAACAGAGGAGGGAAAAAGAAGUCUGCAGAGACAACGAGAAAGGUAUGAGGAAAAAGAGCAAAGCAACGCCAUGUAG